AUGGGCCAGGCCCUGUCGAGCAUCGACGGCGCGCGCAUGGACUUCCUGGCGCGCGGCGUCGACGACGUCCGCGCGGCCUUCGCGCCGUCGCUGGACCACGCCCUCGACGUCGCCUGGCGGUCCGAGGAGCGGCAGGUCGCCAGCGACGCGCUCCUGGGCUUCGCGUCGAAGGUCAAAUUCUUCGCCGCGCUGGAAUUCGCCGUGCGGCGCAACGUGUCCCUGGAGGCGCUCCAGCACGCGACCAUCGGGCGCCUGUGCCCGGCCGCGUCGGAGAUGGUGCUCUCGAGCUUCGGCGGCGCGCCGAGCCUCGCCCUGUGCCUCGCCUACGUGGAGAUGGACGGCCGCCGGACGCUGCUGACGGACUUUGACGCGCGCGGCGACGCCGCGGAGGACGCCGACGCCGCGGCGGCCGCGCUCGAGUUCUUCGUGGAAUGCGAGAUCGACCACUUCGGCGACGAGAACCACUGCAAGGCCUUCGCGCUCGAGCUCGCCGCGGCCUACGCGCGCGCGCGGCGCCGCGCGGCGGCGCGCGCGGGCCUGGGCGACGACGCGGCGACGCUGCGGCCCAUCUCGGCGGCGUCCUACGCGGCGAUGGCCUACCCCGCGCCGCGCGAGCCGCCGAAGCCCCAGUUCUGCCGGCCCUGCACGACGCCCGCGCCCCGGAGCGCGAGCGCGGCGUCGCUGCCGCGGACCUGCUCCUCCCCCCGGUCCUUCUUGAGGGCCUCGACGCAGGACGCCUGGUCCGUGCAGCCGUACUUGGCCAUGAGCGCCUCGUUCUUCUCGCGGUUCGACGCGGCCGUGUCGCUCGCCGCCUUCUUCGCGAGCUCCUUCUCGACCUGCCACCGCGGCCGGCCGUUGAGCUCGAGCCCGGGCUUCAGCUUGCCCUCCUCGGGCUUCGCGAAGUACUUUUGCUGCGUGCCCUCGACGGCGCCGGACUGCUUCGCGUCGAAGGAGCCCACGCGGACCUCGGCGUUGCUCUCGAGCAGCUCGAGGACGUCGCCGGCCAUGACGCCGGGCGCGGCCUCGUCGUUGAUCCGGCCGACGAACUUGAGCGUGUUGCCGCUCGCGUACUCGAGCAGCCACCGCACCGCGGCAGCCCCGCGGCGCACCCGGGCCCUCGCGGCCGUCGCCGGGGCCUGCGUGCUCGGGGCGCUGGCCUUGAGCCGCGUCGCGUCCCAGCCGAAGGACGCCGUCGUCGCGCUCUCCGCGGCGUCCCAGCCCAAGGAGACCGCCGCCGCGCUCUCCGCGGCCUUCGGCGGCGACACGGACGCCGAGGGCUGCUACACCGACGCGGGCUACUCCUGGUGCGCGGCGUCGUCGUCCUGCGUGCGGAGCUGGGAGAGCUCCUGCGACUGGGUGCGGUCGUCGCGCGCCGCGGCCGACGCGACGCUGUCGCUCGUCUUCGCGCUGCCGGUCGGCGACGACCACGUCGCGGCCCUCGAGGCCGAGGUCGCCGCCGUGAGCGACCCGGCGUCGAAACGCUACGGCCGGCACCGGAGCGUCGCGGAGCUCGACGCCUACCGCGCGGACGCGCACCCCUGUGCGCACCCGGAGUGGGCGACGCACGCGAGCCGUAUUCUAUCCUACCUCGACGUCCACGGGAAGCAGUUCGGCGAGGCCGUCGCCUACGGCUCCGCGGACGAGGCCGCGCGCCGCGGCUUCCUGCGCGCCGAGGUGUCCGUCGCGUCGGCGGAGGAGCUCCUCGGCGGCGAGUACUACGAGUUCGCGCGAACAGACGGCCAGACGGCGACGCGGUGCGUCGGCUGCUCUCUACCGGAGAACCUCCGGUCCGCGGCGGCCUUCGUCGAGCCCACGAGCCGCUUCCCGAACCUGCGCCGGAAGUCCGCGCCCGGCGCGCCCCUGGCGACGGACGGCAAGUACGGCGUCACGCCGGGCAUCCUGCGCGACGAGUACGGCCUCAGCGGCGCGUACCCGUCCCUCACGAACCGGUCCGAGCACUACGUCGUCGUGACGGCCUUCGACGGCGAGUUCGCGUCGCCGGCGGACGCGCAAAAGUUCUACAGUGACUACGCGCCGGACCUCGCGUCUUCGGGCUACGCGCCGACGAUCGAGGGCCCGAACCGCGGGAACCGGCCCGGCGCCGAGGCGAAUUUGGACGUCCAGUACGCGUCGGCGGUCUCCGGCGGCGUGCCGCUGGAGGUGUGGUCCUUCGCGGGCAUGUCGCCCGACCGGCCCGCGAUCAACGAACCCUUCUUGGAGUUCGUGCUCUACAUGAACGGCGUCGACCACGCGCCGUCCGUCGUCUCCACGUCCUACGGCGAGGACGAGGGGUCGACGUCCGACGCCUACGCCGUGCGCGUCCAGUACGAGUUCGGGUUGGCGGCGCUGCGGGGCAUGUCGCUGAUCUUCGCCGCGGGCGACUCGGGCGUCGCGUCCACCUGGGGCUCCUGCGACCACUUCUACGCCCAGUGGCCCGCGGCGUCGCCCUACGUGACGGCCGUCGGCGCGACCGUGGGCUUCGGGGCCAAGACGCAGGUCGCGGACUUCUCCUCCGGCGGCUUCUCGAACCGCUGGGCGCGGCCGGACUACCAGCGCGCGGCGGUGGAGACGUACCUGUCGGACGCGCGCGACGUGCUCGUGCCCUACGUGGCCCACGGGCGCCUGCCCGCGGACCUCUUCAACCGCAGCGGCCGCGCGUUCCCCGACGUCGCCGCCGCGGGCGAGGACUUUGCGAUUAUUUACGACCGCGAGGCGGUCUACGUGUCGGGGACGUCGUGCUCCGCGCCGACCUUCGCGGGCGUCGUCGCGCUGCUCAACGACGCGCGCCUGAGCGCGGGCAAGCCCAAGCUCGGCUUCCUCAACCCGCUCAUCUACAAGUACCGCGCGGCCUUCGACGACGUGCUGCUGGGCAACAACGGCAAGUGCGGCACCGACGGCUUCCGCGCGCUGGAGGGCUGGGACCCGGCGUCGGGCUUCGGCACGCCGGACUACGCGGCGCUCCUCGAGGUCGCCCUGGCCGAUUUAGGAGGCAGCAAGAAGACCAAGGUGAAGCGGCGCAUCGAGCCCCCCUACGGCACGCCCAUCGUCGCCGACGACGCCUUCUGCGACACCAUCAAGGGCGCGUCGACGGUGCUCGACCUGUCGAGCGACGCGUCGGCGGCCCUGGUCUGCGGCUUCCCGACGAAGCUGCCGGGCGUGCGCGAGUGGUACCCGCGCGUGACGACCGUGGACCUCGGCGGGCCCGGCGACGCCGGCCCCGCGUCGCUCGGCGGCGGCGGCGGCUUCGACGCGGCGACGGCGUUCCUGAGCCUCCACUUCAUGCCCGAGAAGGACCAGGCGCCGACGAUGAAGCUCGUCUUCGACGAGCUCAAGCCCGGGGGCGUCUUCGCCGGCGGCGUCUUCGGCGCCGGGAGCUCCGAGCCCGUGACGGACGCGCUCCGCGCGAUCCCGAAGCGCAAGGCCUUCAAGGACUGCUUCCCCGCGGACUUCGACUACGGCGCCUGCGCCACGCGCAUGACCCUGUCGUCCGUCGACGCCUGGCGCGCGGCGCUGGCGUCCGCGGGCUUCGUCGACGUCAAGGUCCGCCAGUUCCACGACCUCACCGGCAUGCCCAAGCGCGACGACAUGGAGGCCUACCUCCGCGACGUCUGGGGCGCCACGGCCAAGCCCCACUUCACGGGCGACGACGACAAGUUCGCCAAGUUCCUCAACGUCGUCGCGUCCGAGGUCAAGGCCGUCCGCGAGCUCACGGAGAUCAAGCGGGACCACAUCUUCUACGAGACCUUCGCCGCCGUCCCGACGACCUACGUCGAGAUCACGGCCAAGAAGCCCGCGGCGUAG